UGGCCUCUCUACACUGGCAGCAGCUCACUCGUGCUGAAAAUGGGAAUGUUUGAGAAUGCUGCUGGCUCUGCCAACAGGCUACUUCAGAGGGGGCUGUGGGCACUGAUGCUGCUGCUGUCUGUGGUAAUCUACGGCUCUCAUGCCCCCCUCCUGACCCUCUGCAAGGUGGAUGGGGCCAUCCCCUUCAGUUCCACAUCUGUGGUGGUCCUCGUGGAGCUGACCAAGCUGGUGCUGUCCCUCCUGUUCCUGCUGGCGGGGGCGCGGGAGCCGCUGGGAGCGGCGGUGUCCUGGCGUCACGCCGCGCCCUUCGCCCUCUCCGCCCUGCUCUACGCUGCCAACAACAACCUGGUGGUGCACAUGCAGCUCUUCAUGGACCCCAGCACCUUCCAGGUGCUCAGCAACCUCAAGAUCGUCAGCACGGCGCUGCUCUACAGCCUCCUGCUGCGCCGGCGCCUGGGCGCACGCCGCUGGCUGGCCCUGCUGCUGCUGCUGGCCGCCGGUGUCACCUACAGCUGCGGGGGGCUGCGGGGACACGGGGACCCCGGCGGGAUGCGCCUGCACGUCACACCCGUGGGGCUGCUGCUGCUCUCCGUGUACUGCCUCAUCUCCGGUCUCUCUGCUGUCUACACCGAAGCCAUCCUGAAAAGCCAGGCGCUGCCCCUCAGCCUCCAGAAUAUCUUCCUGUACUUUUUUGGGGUCCUGCUCAAUCUGGUGGGUUCCGUGUGGAGCGGCACAGAGGGAGGGUUCCUGGAGGGCUUCUCCCCGUGGGUGCUGCUGGUCGUGCUCAGCCAGGCUCUGAAUGGCCUCAUCAUGUCCGUGGUGAUGAAGCACAGCAGCAACAUUACCAGGCUCUUUGUUAUCUCCUGUUCCAUCCUGGUCAACGCUCUUCUCUCUGUUGCCCUCUUCAACCUGCAGCUCACCCUCCUCUUCUUCAUGGCCGUGGCGUGCAUUGGUCUGGCUGUGCACCUGUACUAUGGAGUCACGUAGUCAUUGCCUUCCUCCCACGAGUCUGGGCAGCCUGGCCCUUCCUCAGGGCUGGAAUCAUUCCCAAUGGGCAGCUGCACAACUCCAAGGAUCCCCCCGAGGAGGAGUGCCGAGGGGGAGAGCAGCACAGGGAAACUGUGCCCUGCUCCAAUCCAGCCAGGCUCUGUGCCAUGGGGUUCUCAUGGGAUCAGGCAUGCCCAGCCUUAGGGGGGUCCCGAAGCCCUUGUGCAUGUCUUACAGUCUCAGGAUGUACCAGGGAGGUUCGGGCUGGACCUGAGGAGUAAUUUCUUCAUAGAAGGGGUGAUUAAACAUUGGAAGGGGCUGACCAGGAGGGUGUUGCAGCCACCAUCACUGGAGGUGUUUAAGGACUGCUCAUGGCACUUAAUGCCAUGGUUUAGUUGACAGGGUGAUGUUGGGUCACAGGUUUGACUUGAUGAUUUUGGCGGUCUUUUCCCACCUAAAUGAUUCUGGGACUCUGUGUCCCAUGUACUUAAGCUGUUUCCCCACACCACGGUGGCCUGGGAAUGUUGUGGCAGUAAUUUGCCCUACUGCACUUCCUGCCAGCUGUUUCAGCUCCCAUGGAUGCUGCUUGAUCCCUACCAUUCCUGAUGCUGCUUCCCUGGGCCUCUCCCACCUCCACAGUUUUCCAGCCUAGCCCCUACCUGGAGCCCUGCUGUCCUCGGGCUCCAUUUCCCAUUCCUGAGCACAGUGUCUCUGCAGAGUAGACAGCAUGUGGGAACUUUCACUUGCUCCCCAAAAGGUGGACGUCC